UUCAGUGACCAAGUAGAAAAGAAUGCUAAGAAGAACAAGGCUGCAAAUGAGAAGACUCCUCUGCUGAAAUCAGAAGGAAAAUCAGGGACGAAGACUCUUGUCAGAGGGUUCGGAAGGACUCAUGUCUCGAUUUUCAAGAUUCUGGCUGGAUUGGCAAUCGGGGUUUUGGCGAAAGCCUCGAUUUUGAGCGUCAUUUCCGAUUGCAUCAGCUUCACCAGCCCGAUUCUCCUACAAAUGCUGAUCGAAUUCACGUAUUCGGACGAUCCCAUGUGGAAAGGCUUUUUGUACGCCACUCUGAUCCCGAUAUCGGUCGCCAUUUACUCCGUCUUAUUGCAUGGAUUCUUCAAAAUGGCUCUUUGUGCAGGAAUGAGAGUAAAAACUUGCGUCAUCGCAGCUUUGUACAGAAAGGCUCUCAAAAUGUCGAAUGCUACACGAAGACAGUCGACACUUGGAGAAAUUGUCAAUCUAAUGGCUGUUGAUGCUCAAAGAAUCAUGGAAACGACGUUCGUAGUGGACUUGGUUUGGACAAUGCCGCUUGUACUUGGAUUGACCACGACAUUUCUCUGGCUCGUCAUGGGCCCAUCUGCACUUGCUGGACUUCUCUUAUUGAUCGCCUUGAUCCCGGUCAACACCCUGAUUGCCCAAAAAUCAAGAAAGUUCCAAAUGGCACAAAUGAAGCUGAAGGACGAAAGGCUGAAGUUGAUGACGGAAAUCCUAAACGGCAUCAAGGUUUUGAAACUGUAUGCUUGGGAGGAAUCUUUUGGAGACCAGGUGCGAAAAAUUCGAGCCAAAGAAAUCGAGAUCCUGAGGAAAGACGCAUUUCUGAAUGCUAUUAACAAUUUCGUGUGGAUUUGCGCUCCUUACAUGGUUUCUUUGGUGACUUUUGCCACGUUUGUUCUGUCGGAUGACGAGAAUGUUUUGGAUGCCACAACGGCAUUCGUUUCAAUAGCUUUGUUCAACAUUUUGAGGUUUCCCAUGGCUCUGGUACCAUUCCUCGUUGCCUCUUUCGUUCAGGCUUCCGUUUCAGUCAAAAGAGUCGAAAAGUUCCUGAAUUCAGAGGAGAUCGAUCCAAAUGCAACUCAGAGGCUCUUAGAUGACGAAAAAGUGGAAUAUCCCAUAAAAGUGAGUCAGGCAUCGUUUUCUUGGUGUGUCGACGAAGCUGCAGUUUUGACUGACAUCGACGUCGAAAUUCCGAAAGGAAAACUGACGGCGAUCGUCGGACCUGUCGGUUGCGGGAAAUCAUCUCUUUUAUCCGCAUUCCUUGGGGAAAUGGAUAGAUUAACAGGCAGUGCCAAAAUCUACGGAUCAACUGGAUAUGUAGCACAGGAAGCAUGGAUCAGGAAUAUGUCUUUGAAAGAGAAUAUUCUUUGUGGGAACAAAUUCAAGAGGACCAAAUACCAACAGGUUGUCUUCGCUGCUGCUCUACAGCCUGAUAUCGACAUCUUGAUCGCUGGAGAUGAAACUGAAAUUGGAGAAAAGGGAGUGAAUUUGAGCGGAGGACAGAAACAACGAGUCAGCCUUGCCAGAGCCACUUACGCAGAAAAGGACGUUUAUCUGUUUGACGACCCAUUGAGUGCUGUUGAUGCUCACGUUGGCAAGCAUAUUUUCGAAUACAUAAUCGGACCUAAGGGACUACUGGCAUCGAAAACUAGAGUUCUAGUGACACACGGAGUAUCGCAUUUGCCCUCGACGGAUUUCAUCAUCGUGAUGGCAAACGGAAAAAUUUCAGAAAUGGGAACUUACGAAGAAUUGAUGGAUAAACGUGGAGCAUUCGCUGAUUACAUUUUGCAGUAUUUGUCGACCGUGGAUGAGAUCGAUGAAAUCGAGGAUCCCGAGGCUAUCGGGGAGCUCAAGGAGAUCCAGAAAGUUUUAGAAAAGAAAUUGGGGAAAGAAGUGGUACAGCGAAGGAUUUCAGAAACCAGAAGUCAGAUGUCCACCAGUUUUUCAGGGGACUUCAAGAGUUUCCAAAAAGAUUCCUCCUACGAAGCAAAGCCAAGGAAACUGGGACGAAAGAGCGACACCAAGACAAAGCGGGUCACUUUCACGGAUAGUAUGAGUUCUAGUUUCUCAGAGAUGUCGCAGCAAAAGAAGCCAUCAAGGAAGAAGAAGCCACUCCCAGCUGCCGGAGGAACAUUAAUUGAAGAUGAGUUUGCAGAAAGUGGAAGAGUAAAAGGAGAGGUUUUUGUUCGAUACUUCAGAGCCAUGGGCUGGACUCUGGUUUUGUGCACAAUCGUUGCUUACAUUGCCUCACAAUCUUGCUCUGUUUUGGCGAAUGUUUUCCUGUCUGAGUGGUCAAACUCAAAUGAGAAUCUGAACAGCACCAGCGGUGCAUACGAAAGGUCCACAAAUAUGUACUACUUGGCAAUGUACGGAGGAAUCGGAGCCGGACAAGGGGUGUUUAUCAUUAUUGGCGCCAUAUUGAUGGCACUGGGUUCACUCAGAGCCUCGAAGAAAAUGCACGACGAGAUGCUCAGCAACAUUUUGCAAAGCCCGAUGUCAUUCUUCGACACAACACCCAUCGGCAGAAUCAACAACAGAUUCGGAAAAGAUCUUGACACCAUGGACUUGGCGAUUCCGAGAAGCGUGAUUUCAGCAUUGAACAACUUCCUUCUCGUUUUUGCAACAUUGGCUGUCAACGGAGCGACAACUCCUUGGUUUUUGUUAGCUGUCACACCAGUUGCUAUUCUGUACUUCUUCAUUCAGAGGUUUUAUGCAGCGACAUCUAGACAACUGAAGCGACUAUCUUCUGUAACUCAGUCACCUAUGUAUUCACACUUCGGCGAAAGUGUCAUGGGUGGACCUACGAUCAGAGCUUUUCGACUCCAAGAUGACUUCAUUGCUGAAUCUGAGCAGAAAGUUGAUACCCAUCAACGCUGUUUCUAUCCGAGCAUGAACAGCAACAGAUGGCUGGCCAUCAGAUUGGAGCUGAUCGGAGCAGUUUUGGUUUUCUUUGCGUCGAUUUUCGCCGUUCUUGGAAGAGAUACUUUGAGCGGUGGUUUGGUUGGAUUAUCCGUCACUUAUGCCAUGGGGGUUGGAAUUGUGGGCAGAACAGGGGCUGGUAAAUCCUCAUUAACUCUGGCCCUGUUUCGCAUCAUCGAACCCACCCAUGGGUCCAUCGUCAUCGACGGAAUCAACACCAAAAAUGUCGGUCUGGCAGAUCUUAGAUCUCGAAUCACCAUAAUCCCUCAGGAUCCAGUACUCUUUUCUGGUUCUUUGAGAAUGAACCUGGACCCGUUCAUGACUAAUGACGACGCCACACUUUGGUCGUCGUUGGAACACGCUCAUUUGAAAAGUUUUGUCAAGAGUCUGCCAAACGGUUUGGACCAUGAGGUUUCCGAAGGUGGAGCAAACCUAAGUGUUGGACAGAGGCAACUUGUGUGCUUGGCAAGAGCACUGCUGAGGAAAACGAAAAUCUUGGUUUUGGACGAAGCAACGGCUGCUGUUGAUUUGGAAACAGACGAGUUUAUUCAGAAUGCCAUCAGAACAGAAUUUGCAGGAUGCACUGUCAUCACUAUCGCCCACAGAAUCAACACUAUCAUGGACUCAGACAGGGUCAUGGUGUUGAGCAAUGGGUCUAUUGAGGAGUUUGACAAUCCUGAGAAACUUUUGGAAAACCCAGACUCGCUGUUCACACAACUGGCUCGGGAUGCCGGACUUCUGAACUCCUCUGCAUCAGCAAUUCAGAAUGCUUCACCGGAAUCCACCUAAAUAAUUUAUUGAUGGAAUGGAUCUAUGGAGUGAAUGACCUUCUAAAAGUUUUUUGCACCUGCACGCGCAGCUCGGAACAAAGAAAAUAAAAAAAAUUAUUUCGCAACCGAACAUAUGAGAGUUUCACUUCGCGGAGUGACGAUGAGAAGCAUUUGGAAAAGACGACAUAUUUCAACAGAUUCUAGGUAGGUAUUUUUCUGAUAUAUUAAAUAUUGUCCUUUUUGCAUUGAAAA